CCCAAAUCCCAGGACCCGGACUUCUGGGCCAGCCUCCAUGGCCAGGUUCCGGGCUUGCUGGAUUGGGAUAUGGGCAACGAGAGCUUCUUGUCCUUCACCACGACACACUUGUCCCAGGCCGAGCAGAAACUUGCCCUAUACAGACUCCGAAUUGUUGAACCACCAAAACUGCCUUUGGAGAAAAUACCCAACCCUGAUCAAGAUGGUCCAGACAUUAAACCCAAUCUGUGGAUGUGGGUGAGCCCCAACAUCGUGUAUCCUCCCGGCAAGCUGGAGGUCGCAGCUAAAAAGGAGGCCCUGCCAAGCUUGCUGCCUGCCCUGAAGAAGGAAGAAGACAACUGUUCAGAAGCAUCGGAGGCGCCGUCACAGCAGCAGCCUCACAAGCAGAAGAGGAAACAGAAGGAGAAGCACAUUGCCUCUUCCCCCAGCCCCUGGGAGGAGCCUACAGAAGAGGAGGCGGCCAAGGACCAGGAUGACAGCUCCUCUGUGGCUCUCCCAUCACUUCCCACAAGGGCCCCACUCCAGAGUCUGUGGAGGCUUCAGCAAACCAUCAGCCCAGAGGGGAGGCUCUGGUCCCGCCCCCCUCUCCAUUACUUCCAUCUGAUUGCCUUGGCACUCAGAAACAGUCCCCCCUGUGGCCUCCACGUACAGCAGAUCUACAACUUCAUUCGAGAGCACUUUCCUUUUUUCCGGACAGCUCCAGAGGCCUGGAAGAAUACAAUCCGUCACAAUCUCUGUUUCCGAGACAGUUUUGAGAAAGUGCCGGUCAGUAAGCAGGGCGAGGCCAAGGCCAGCAUUCGGCCUCGAUCCUGCCUCUGGAAGUUGACGGAGGAGGGACACCGCCGCUUUUUGGAGGAGGCCCGCACCUUGGCUUCCACUCAGAUGCAAAGUAUCCAGCAGUGCAUGAGCCAGCCAGAUUUGAUGCCCCUCCUCUUUGACCUUCAUGAAGAAUCAGCCACGCCCUAUUAA